GGGUUUAGGGUGCACAAGGUAACGCCCCGCCUUGCACGGCGCACUUUAGCCGCCCCCACCUCCCCUCCCUUAGCGGUGGUCUGAUCCGUCUAGAUCUCCACAUCAGCCGCCACCCCCUCCCUUUAAACCUAACCCUAUCGCCCCAUUCAUUCAUUAUGCCACCGCCCAUCACCCACCAUCGCCGCCACCUAGCCUCUCCAACCCCUGUCAUUCGCUCGAGUUUUCCUUCUCAUCAUCCAUGGCUGCAUCUUCGUCCCCGUCCAAUCUGGAGCUCUCUACUACUCCGACCGAGAAUCCCUUUUCCAUUGUCACCGUCGCCGCCUCCUCCCGCCGCCUCCCUCCACCAUGCUGGUCCCACGAGGAGACGGUAGCCCUUAUUGACGCCUACAGAGACAAGUGGUAUUCCCUCCGACGCGGCAAUCUCCGGGCCAACCACUGGCAGGAAGUCGCUGACGAUGUCGCGGUCAGAUGCCCCAUCGAUUCGCCGAAGACCGCUGUGCAAUGCCGACACAAGAUGGAGAAGCUCAGGAAAAGGUAUCGUUCUGAGAUUCAACGCGCGGCCCCGUACGGCGGCGUUCGCUCCCAACGUUACUGCUCAUCAUGGGUCCUGUUCAAGCUUAUGGAUUCCAUGGAAAGAGGGCCCAACGCCGAUUCUCCUCCAAUGGGUGAUGAGGAAUUCGAUGAUGAUGGUGAUGAUGUCAAGCAAAACUCUGCCAAACACAUCCUCGGUGACAUAUAUAGCCCGAAUUCUUACAACAAAAGAAGCAGUUUUCAGGGCUCCAUGAGUAAUGGGGGAUCUGGUGUCCGGAUUCGAAUUCCCACAUUACCUAUGGCGAAGCCUUAUGACAAAUUUGAUGAAAUGUUGCCCCAAAAUCCUAACCCUAACACGUCCUUUGGCUCUAGUAGGAUGAUGUCUAAAGGAGAUCUCCAUGAGAAGAGGUCUGCUGGUUUUGGGAAAGAGGUAACUGGGGAGGAAGAGAUGGUGGGAGAGAAGCGGAAGGGAGACUCGAUUGCUGAGAUGGUGACUGCAAUUAAGGCAUUGGGAGAUGGAUUUCUCAAGAUAGAGAGGAUGAAAAUGGAUAUGGCCAGGGAGGUGGAGGAAAUGAGGAUGGAAAUGGAGAUGAAAAGGACUGAAAUGAUUCUUGAAUCACAACAGAGUAUUGUUGAAGCUUUUGUCAAUGCUCUCUCGGAGAGGAAUAAUAAUACGAAAAAGACUAGGAGGAUGAUGCCUUCUCCGGAACGUCAGAUGGGCCAUAGUUGAGAUUCCCCCACCCCCAUUUCGCAAAAUGAUAAGCAACUGGUAAGUAAUGAGUGACCAGCAGAUUGUUCUUACUUUGACGUUUCUGAUCCAAAAAAUCAUGGAAGUAAUGAAAUUCUGGUGCUUCUUCUUGUGUACUCGAAGUUCAAGAAGUUGAUUUCAUACAAGUAAUUGGAACUUGUCAACUUGAAUCAUUACUCGAAGUUCAAGAUGUUUAUGGACCGAUAGAAACCUGCUCAAGACAUUCCCUCGUGCGGUAUUUGGAAUGUUAUCUAUCAAUUUAGUUAAACAAAGUUUUCUGCAUCUUGGCUUUGUAAAACUUUAUUAUGCUCUAUGGGUCAUCAGUGCUUUAUGCUCUUUAAUAGCAUAUCGAGUUGUCUUAUCACCCCUUUCACCCUGACCUGGAUUUCCAUGAAUUUCUCUUUGCAUACCCCUAUUAAAUUUUGAUAACGUUGGAACUCUCCAUUGGUUCCGGUGAAUUCCCCAAUUUUUUCGGUGGCUCCGAUAUUGGUAUUGUAUAUUGAUUUUUGAAUUCAUACUGCUUU